AUCAAACUGCGGUCGUAUCAGACGGAAAUGCUGGAGGCCAGCGUUCAGAAGAAUAUCAUCGUCGCCAUGGACACGGGAUCUGGCAAGACACAUAUCGCACUGGCUCGAAUCCGCGUCGAGCUGGAACGAAACGACAAGCUUGUAUGGUUCCUCACGCCGUCCAAGACACUUGCGGAACAGCAGCAUCAAGUCUUGUCCGCAGAGCUUUCCGGCUAUGGCACGCGCCUGCUCACGGGCGCCGAUGCCUGCGACAAAUGGAGCGACCAAGGCCUGUGGACCGCCGCUCUCACCAACGUCAGGCUCGUCGUGGCCACUCCCGCCAUUCUGCUCGACGCACUGACUCAUGCAUUCAUGCACAUGACGAGACUCGCCCUCUGCGUGUUCGACGAAGCGCAUCACUGCACCAAGAAGCACCCCAUGAACAGCAUCAUGCAAUUGUUCUAUCGUCCUGCUCGAGAGCGUGGCGAGAGCGUGCCUCACAUUCUCGGUCUGAGUGCAAGCCCCCAUCUUCCUGAAGCCGCAGCUGCUGACCAUGUCCGUAGAACCAUUGAGAGCAAUCUGAACGCCAUCACUGUCACGCCCAAACAGCAUAGACGGGAGCUAGACACCUUUGUGCAUCCUCCCGACGUCCAAAACAUUGUCUAUACAGCCCCAUCAGGAGGCGCUCUGCCAGGACGCUUGAGCACAGCUCUUGCCUACCUGACGCGGACGUACGAUCUGUCUACAGACCCAUAUGUGCUUGAGCUGACUGAGCAAGACGACGAGAGGUCUCGAAAACAACUCCAAAAGACAAUGAUGAAGCGGAAGACCUACUGUCUUGACCAGCUUCGCGCUCUAGACAUACGCGCUGGAUUCUUGCUGGAACAGCUUGGUGCGAGUAUGGCAGACUGGUACGUGGCAGCAUGCAUUCGCCGAUUCAGGGCUGGUUUGAUGUCGGAGUGUAUUGUGCUACCCGAUCUGUCGGAGAAGGAACGUCAGCAUCUUGCACGCAUUUUCGACCGCAUUCGGGAGCUCGCCCCAGCAACACCUGACACAAACGGAUCGGACAUUACAGCCAAAGCUACAGAGCUCUUGGAACUUCUGCUGAAGCACGCUGACCCUUCCUUGCGAGGCAUCAUCUUCGUCGAGCAGCGUGUACUAGUCACAGCGCUAGCUGAAUGGCUCCGCGGCUUGCCGCAGCUCAAUGAUCAAUACCAAAUUGCUGCAUUCGUGGGAACGUCCACAUCCACCAACAGGAAGAUAUCCGUCGCAGAUCUCGUAACGUUGCAAGACCAAGCUCGAGAUCUUGAAGCUUUCAGACGCGGUGAGAAGAACUUGAUGGUAGCCACCAACGUCCUAGAGGAGGGCAUCGACAUCUCUGCUUGUAACCUCGUGAUAUGUUUUGAUCCACCUCAGAAUCUCGUCUCCUUCGUUCAGCGUCGGGGUCGCGCGAGACAGCAGCAUUCCAAAUAUUUUAUUUUCACAAAAGCAAAUGACAUCGGCAAAGCAAAGCAGCCCUGGACGUUGCUUGAGGCGGCAAUGAAGGAGCUUUAUUCGGAUGAUACACGACAAGUAUGUGAAGCAUUAGAGAGCCAUGACUUGGACAAGGAAAGCAGGAUCUACCAGGUGCAGUCCACACAAGCACUUCUCACGCUUGAUAAUGCCAAAUCGCAUCUUUACCAUUUCUGCAGCGUGUGCAUAUCAAACGCUGCCGGGUACGUCGAUUUGCGCCCAGAAUUCGAUACUUCUCAGGAUCAAGAGACACACCUCUGGACAGCUACGGUUGAUCUGCCGGCAUUUGUGCAUCCAGACCUCCGUUCGGCGAGAUCUGCCGAAUCUUGGUCUCGCGAAGAGCUUGCUAUCAAAGAUGCUGCGUUUGAAGCCUAUGUGGCUUUGCAUCAGGCUGGACUGAUAAAUGACAAUCUCCUACCACCUCUUCACGAACACGAAGAAAGUGAGAGCAGUGGCCGACACUCUGAUCAGUCCAGGCUUGUCGACGGCUCUAACCGCCUCUCAGCAUGGCAAAGGCUCGGCCGGCCCAUGCCAAACCUGGUUUCGUGGAACAGAUGGGAAGUGAUCUUGGAACACAAGAACACCGUCGUUGUCAAAAUGGAGAUGUGGCUGCCCUUCGCGGUAGCGACCGAGAUGGCGGCUUUCAAGCUACAUUGGAACGAAGAAACAGAGUAUACUGCAAGAAUCAAUCACUACGAUGAGACAUCACACUAUCUGGAUGCAGAACGGCUCGAUGUGCUGCAACGAUGCACCUCUCUUGUGCUGAAUUCAGUACACUCCGCUCGCAUGCCUAGCAACGCCAGUGAAUUUCCAAUCCUAUUUCAGCCGCAGAACAUCCAGGAUGUAGGGAAAUGGCUUUUAGACUUUGGUGGCCAGGAUUCUGCUACUACUUUCGAUUCAGGGACUGAGCACGCGGGUCUUGUACAUGUAAAGAGUCAACCUGGUCGCUUGUUCUUCUUGCGAAGCAACCAUCGUGCGGAUAAUGGAGAUGGCGUGUUACUCACGCCUUUUCCGAAAAGGAAGGACUUCCUGCACCCGGUCCUCGCCACAAACAACACGAGCGUGGCAUAUUCUUCUGUGGAAUCGGUCCCAGCGAGCGAGUGCACGAUUGAACGAAUGCCCGCGCGGUAUGCUCUAUUUGCCGCAUUCGUACCUUCCAUGCUGCACCGCCUCGACCUCGCGUUGACAGCUGCUAUCCUGCAAGCCGGAACAUUGGGCGACAUCGAUGUGAAGAAUACGACAUUGAUACUAGAUGCCCUCUGCUCCCCUUCCGCAGGAGAACCUGCCGAUUAUAACAGACUGGAGUAUCUGGGCGAUCAAAUCCUGAAGCACUGCGCAGAGGUUCAAGUCAUGGCGCAACAUUUGAAGCGGCCAGAAGGGUCCUUGACGUUGCAACGUGACAAGAUCGUCCGCAAUUCAACCCUCGCAAAAGCGGCACUGCAAGCUGGCUUGGACGAAUUCAUUAUCACGAAACCAUUUACAGGUGCAAAGUGGCGUCCUCCGUCCUUCAGCAAGACGUCUGGCCUCGAUUGUGGCAAGAGGGAAAUCUCAACCAAAACGCUCGCAGAUGUCGUAGAGUCCCUGGUUGGCGCAGCUUAUCUCGAUGGUGGCCUGGCCAAGGGACUUCAAUGCAUCAAGAUCUUAUUGCCCAACGAGAUAUGGCAUCCGCUUCCUCACUGCUUCAAUCUGUUACUGUCAGAUCUCGGUCCAGCGGCAAGUCAUGAUGGCCUAAGCUUCCUGGAGCGCAUGAUUGGACACGAGUUCGAGCACAAACAGCUCCUCAUGCAAGCAAUCACGCAUGUCACCUGUCCUUACAAGGGUCAAUUAUCAUACGAGCGGCUUGAGUUUCUGGGAGACAGUGUCUUGGACCUGGUCAUCACGCCGCACCUCUUCGCCCACAAGAGACUUCUGCGGCACUGGGAGUUGCACCAAGCUCAUGAAGCUUUGGUGAACAAGUACUUUCUGGGAUACUGCUGCAUGAAUUAUGCAAUCGAACAAGACGAGAACGACAUUGUAGCAGUCGCUGAUGGCAGCUACAGGGCGAUGCCCAAGCUUCGCAAAGUGCACCUGUACGACUUCCUUCGAGCAGAUUCGCAGACAGCACAAAUGAGGCGGACAGCCGUCGCCAAAUUCGACGCAAUGGUCCCCGAAAUCGCCGAAAGGCUCCAGGGAGGGACAGAAUAUCCGUGGCCCGAACUCGUCACUCUUUCCCCUCCGAAAUUCUUUUCCGAUAUCAUCGAAUCCGUUCUCGGCGCGCUUUACAUCGACAGUCGAGGCGAUUUCGGUGUUUGUGAGGCUUUUCUGGCGCGCCUGGGAAUUGUGCAAUACAUGCGGCGCAUGCUGGAGCAGCGUGUCGAUUGCCUUCAUCCAAAGGAGAGGAUCGGGAUUCUCGCGGACCAGGACUCAGUACGGUACUCGAGCAAGAGGUUGGAGGCACAGGACGGCAGCAAGUCUUGGACGUGUACGAUACAAGUGGGUGGCGCGGAAGUCGUAGCCAUUGAUGGAUGCGCGAGUCAAGAAGAAGGAGAAGUCAAAGCUGCAGCUCAAGCUUGCAGAGUGCUGAAGGGGAGAGAGGCGCCAGCUGUGAAG